AUGUCUUUUCGCCGGGCAUAUGGUAAUUUCGUCAACCUGGGAAGGCUGUACAGCAUCCCACCUUGGGGUUCUGUACCUGCUUUCGGCCUGUCCAGGCCGCAGUAUAACUCUGUAAAUUUGGGCGUCCUCUACGCCCGCAGCAAAUCCAAGUACCCCACUGGAUAUGCAUACUUUGAGGAUGGGUCUGUUUUCAUACUUCCUUUCGCAUGGCUACCUCACGAUGCCUUCGAAGCGCGUAUGAAGAUAGCUGCGCAGUUCGUAAGUGGGCCUACACCGAAGAUGCAGGAGAUCCGCAAGGAAAACCCGCACGCGAAGCGCUUCAUUAUAAUCAACAAGGACACGAAACGGUUGCGCGAAAACACAUUUCGCAUUCUAGCUCGCAACGCUCAGGAUGGACAGAGAGUCUCGGUCGUCGAUCCACCCUUCGAAAAUGUCGAGUUAGCCCUUGACCCCACCGAAGGCCGCCCGAUCUCCGCACGCUUCAACGACGCUCCUCAGUUGAAAUACGAACACAGACUACGGAACAGCGAGGCUCUGGAGACGUUCCGGGGUACACUGGUCGAUGGCGUCUUGCAGCCCAACGUUCGCCUGGGAAAUGGUCUGCGCUUGUCGCUCAAGCCAGAGAUUCUGAAGCCUCAGAUAACAGAAAAGAGGCGGGCGCGGAACCACGAGGCCAAUAGGCUUCGUGAAAGCGUUGGCUUACCCCCAAAGGCACCGGCAAAGCUGCUAGAUUCGCUGGGCAUGCGGUCCUUGAGAGAUCGACCUCUGCCUCCAAGGGUCGACAAGCCAAAGCCUUCUCCAAGAGCAUCGCCCCGAGAUCGCGAUCUAGAGCUUCGAGAAGCCCAACUGGCUCAGAGAGAGCGCGAGCUCAUCAAAUUACAACAGGCGCUCCUGCGGCAGACUAUGCGCAAUCGGAGUACCCCGCCGCGUCAAGAGAGGCAUCCUCGUUCUCCACCUCGCGAUGACAGCUACUCGAACACGUAUCGAACGCGCGAACCGACCGAAGCACGCACUUCUACCGAGCAUGACACAACAACUGCGGAUAUCGAAGCAAGGAAAAAGGCACUCGAACAAGACGAAGAGCUGCUACGGUACAAGCGCAAGGCGUGGCUUCUUGAGCAAAAGCUUGCCUAUGCCACCACGCGAAGUCCUCCACGCAGGCACAGGGGUCAUCAGUAUGACACGGAAGUGCAAGAGCAUCAUGUACAAUAUUCUCCUGUUUAUCCAUCAGAACAAGAAAAUGUGCCAGAUACGCAGCAGGACAACGACGGCGUCCCUGACGGCUUUGCACUGGACAAUUCAUCGUCGACUGAAGCUCUGGAACACCUGAGAUCUCGCAUCCAGCUUCCUACGAGACGAACGAUACGCUCACAUGGGACACCACGCUGA